AUGUCUCCCCCUCGUAUCCUGGUCAUCGGCGCCGGCUCCCGUGGCCAUGCCUAUGCCCGCGCCGUGACCGCCAACGCCAACAUCAACGCUGUCAUAGCCGCCGUUGCCGAACCUUCACCCUUCAAGCGUGCCCACUUUGGCCGCACUUAUAUCUGGGGUCCCGACGGUGAGCCGCAAGAACAAGAAGGCCAGGUCUUUGCCGGCUGGGAGGAGUUCCUCGAGUACGAGACGCGCCGUCGCGAACUCGCCUCCUCACAGGCCGUCCCCCCAGGCGUCGACGCCGCCUUCAUCUGCGUCCUCGACGAGAUGCACCGCGACGUCGUCGUCGGUCUCGCCCCGCUAGGUCUGCACCUCAUGUGCGAGAAACCCCUGGCCACUAACCUCGCCGACUGCCUCGCCAUCUACGACGCCCUCUCCCCGCCAACGCAACAACAACAACAACAACAACAACAACAACAGCAACAGCAACAACCAACCUCAACAGGCCACCGCCCCACGACGCCCAGCAAUGCCCUCUUCUCCAUCGGCCACGUCCUCCGCUACAGCCCCCACAACGUCUUCCUCCGCCGCCUGCUCCUCCACGACCGCGCCAUAGGCGACGUCCUCUCCGUCGAGCACACCGAGCCCGUCGGCUGGUGGCACUUCGCCCACUCGUACGUCCGCGGCCACUGGCGCCGCGAGUCGUCCACCGCCCCGAGCCUCCUCACCAAGAGCUGCCACGACAUCGACCUGCUCCUCUGGCUCCUCUCCGCCCCGCCUGACGCCGCAGCAGCCGGCUUCCACCUCCCCUCCACCGUCUCCUCCACCGGCGCCCUCCUCGCCUACCGCAAAGCCCGCAAACCCGCCGCCGCCGGCCCCGCCACCAACUGCAUGCGCUGCCCGCUCGGCGACCAGGGCUGCAAGUACUCCGCCAAGAACAUCUACCUGGGGCCCCACCUCCAGGGCCUCGCCAGCGGGAACACGGGCUGGCCCGUCAAGGUUGUGUUGCCGGAGAUCGAAGACAUGCCGCAUGUCAUGAGCGCCGACGCGGCCCGGGAGGCCCUCGAGACGCGGCUUGCGGAGGACUACGAUGCCGAAACCACGCCCGAUGCCGAAAUCGCCGCGCGCCCUUGGUUUGGCCGCUGCGUGUUCGAGGCUGAUAACGAUGUGUGCGACGACCAGUUCGUUACACUGACCUGGGACGACGACGACGCGGACGAGCAAAAGGACGAAAAUGAGGGAGGGACGAAGGGGAGGAAGAAACUGGCCAAGCAGGCCACGCUGCACAUGGCGGCGUCUACCAAGAAGAUCUGCGAGCGAUACACCCACGUCUACGGGACGGACGGGGAGGUGUACGCCGAUUCCCGCACCAUCACGGUCGAGGACUUUGUCACGGGCGAAACGAAGACGUACCACCCCAAGCAGGAGGACUCGGGCCACGGCGGUGGCGACCUCGGUCUGGCCAGGCAGUUUGUGGCCGCCGUCGACAAGGUCAAGAACGAGGGGUGGGACGUGGCGAGGGCGCAGGCUGGGUUCAUCGGCUGCUCGUUGGAGGAGGUGAUCCGGAGUCACGCCCUGGUCUUCGCGGCUGAGGAGGCGAGGAGGGAGGGGAAGGUUGUCAAGUGGGCCGAGUGGUGGGAGCGAGUUGUUUCGACGAGGGAGGCAACGUAG